AUGGAUGAAGGAGAUACUGUCCAUAUGAUAUUCAAAGUUGUCCAGCAAGAUAAUAGAACGAAGUACGACACAUACAAACGCGAAAAUAUACCAAUUUUUGAUAGCGUAACAGAUUUGAGAGCAUUUCUGCUAGAAAAUUUCACAGAGGAGCUCUCAAAACCCAUAGAUACAAAUUCAUUCCGUCUUGGUUACAUUGUCGGCAAAAACCAAUGACUAACAAUCAGCAACAGUUCGAACCUCGACGAGGUAUAUUCGUUAUCAAAGGAUGGUUGGAUAGUUUUAUGGGCAGAACCUAUUACUAAAAAGAAAGGCAAAGGAUCGACAUCAAGGGUCACAAAACGAACGUGUUCUCGUGCUUUUCCAGAUCAUUGCAGCGAUCAAGGUAUACACAUGUGUUUGAGGACAUCUGUAAAUUAUGUUAUCAUUGACAUUGUUCACAUUAUUAUAGUCUGCUCAUCUUUAUUUCUUAAUUACCUUUUGCUGAUGAACAUUCGCGCGAUCGGCUGAAGUAAAACUCGAUUUAUUAGCAAAAACUUAUAUACCUGUUUACUUAUAAAAAACUCUUGUAGAUACACCUGCUCCUGAGUUUGCCACCCAUCUACAGCGUUUAACAGAGAAGCAUGCAGACGAAGAUAUCCCACAGUUUAAACUGCGAGUCUGGGCUAGAAUGCUGGUAAUGUAAUCACAACGGUUAUAGUUUUAUUACAUAUAUAAUAUGCGUGUACAAUAUCAAUGUUAACAAUGCAGUAAUAAAACAGUAAUCAUUAAUUGUCUUUUGCAUGUGAGAACCUUAUAAUGUGCAUAUAAAAUUUGAACCAGUAUAUAACCAUUACUAUAAUUGCCCAUGCAUGCAGUAUAUUAUAUAUAUAGUUAUACUUUGCCAAUGAACGUCGCCUGCAUGUCACUAUUUUAGCACAGCUAUAUAAUGUUUACUUUUGUGUUUCUUUUCAAGGUUAACGGGACACACACAAGCGUGGAUAUGCCACCUAAAAUCCCGUUCUUUACCAGCUUUAAAGAAAACCAUACUCCUCCUCCAAAAGCAACGGAAACACACUCUGUACCAACAAGUGGAUCUUUAGAAGGAGUUGAACAUAGUAAUCAGCACGGAAAAAAAGGUGUGCGUAUGGUGAAUUAA